GAUUGUUCCCUCAUAGAAACUUCAUGACCUGAAUCUGUCCCAGUUCUGUUUACACUAACAGAUGGUGAAUUAAUCACUGGCAUCCCUAGUCCAUCAUGAAUAUUCAUCAGGAAGACGUCAGCGAGGCCGGCCAAUCCAUAAAUAACAUUUCCGCUGGUAGUAGAGCAGGGACAGAACCCACAGGAUGUGUCAGUUGUAACGAUCAGUCGGUCAGCGAUACAGCAAGUCAACGGACUGAUGCCAGUCAACUGGAAAGUACUGCUAUCACAAAGGGAUGCUUCAGUUUCACUGACAAAGGGCAUUCAGGACAAGUGCAAUCUGAAGCUACGGAUUUAUUUCAAUACAACCUGGGGGAGUUGAGCCAUGUGGUUGAUGCUGGCGUGUCCGGACUUGACACCACUUAUGAAGGGAUAGAGUCAUCAUCAGGGGUCACCACAUGUCCAGAGAGUGACCAAGCCGGAGGCCAACAAGAUCAGCUUGAAGACAACAACCCUGGCCAAACAGCUGGUGUUUGCCGUGAACCAGGCCCGGAUAACCAGAGCACAAAGGGGGAGAGUGACACGGAGGACACAAUGAGGAACUGCAGCUGUGAUGAGGGCACAUUGUGCUUCUGCCCGUCCUCGGUGUUCAGUGAACAGGCGAGCAAUCAAGACGUGAGGUGGCGGGUUCCAAGGAAGUCCUCCUCACAGAGCAAGCAGAGUAAGCGAUCGGAGAGGGACAUGGAUGCGGUGAUUAUUGCCGAUGGGGAGAUUGGAUCGGAGAAGAUGGAAGAACAGAACAAGACAGUCUCGUUGGAGGAAGGGGAAGAUGUGAGACAAUGCAAGGGUUUCAUGGAGGAUCUUGUCCACCGCAUCUUCAAUAACAGUGCCAGUAUCUGCCAGGAAGACAAUGCCAAGUUUGGAGAGUAUUGCCGGUUAGCGAUUGGUCGUCAGUGGUUUGCUAGACUGGUGGACAGCCAGCGGGUCAACUCCAAGAAAGUCACCGAGCAGACAUUUUACAGAUUAGUCCAGUUCUUUGCUGUCUGCUUGUUUGAAUGCAAUGAUGCAGAUGACUUCACACCAGGCAAGAGUCUCAUGAACAUGUGCUUCACAUUCUACCAUGAACAUGAAGGUUUUCCAAGAUGUGAUGACACAACCCGUAAGAGUUUCUUGUACAGUCAUCUGACGGAUCAGCCGAUAUGGAAAUCGUUGCGUUUCUGGAACGCAGCCUUCUUCGACGCAGUCCACCAGGAGAGGAAACAGCGUCAGCCAGACGAUCAGGUCAACUGGCGUCACCUGUCCACGGAGGAACGAGAGGACACCGAGAUCCUGAAUGAGAAUAUCACCUUUGGCCAGCUGGCUACGUUCCUUCACAACAUGAUGGAGCUGGAGCUGUCCAGGGUGAUGUGCCAGGAGUUCCUCGACAAGAUGGCCACCAUCGGCAACCUCAGCUCAGAUCAAAAGGAACUCAUUCAGAGCAAUAUCAGCAACCACUUCCACAUAGACAGGGAGGAAAACACCCGGAAUAAGAAACAUCAGAGACCGUUUAACAAACUGAGUUUCAUGAAGCGCAAGGUCGGACGUGAGGCAGUUGCAUGAAGUAGCGUGUACAGACUGCAAGGGCAGUAAGACUACCACGGAGUCUGAGGCCAUUCAGGUUUGUGGAGCUUUCUUGGCCACAGGAAAGGGAGCGGAGCUGAGCUGGAAAUGAGUUGUGCAAUCAAGGAACAAGAUGUCAUGCGCUUGCGAUUCAUGAUAGGGUGGUCACAAUAGACAGGUUGCCAUAGGAGGUGGCCACAAUAAAGAGG